AUGUCUUCUUCCACGUCGGACAUCCAAGUAGCCUCUGUGGCGGCCGGGUUCACCCUCGGCUUUGGGUUUCUGACGGUCUGGAAGGCAAUCCAGCAUACUAUGAGAAACAGGCGGCCAUGGAAGAGUCCGUACAUCUAUAUGAUUUGGGGAGAGAUUAUUGCAAACCUCUGUCUCGGCCUUAUUGGAUGGUUCUUUCUUGAUGGCCAACUCGGUCCAGAGGUGCCCGUUCUAUUCUUUUUCAUCUUUUUCUGGGUGUUUGAGAUCCAGCUACUGAUGCAAAUCAUCAUCAAUCGAAUUGCAAUUAUCGCGGAAGACGACAGCACGGUAGUAAAGUUGAAAUGGGGCACAGCAGGCGUUAUUACCUGCAUCAACAUAGCCGUCUUUUGUAUUUGGAUUCCGUCGCAUACCAAUCCUCCAGUUAGCGAAUUGUUUGUCCGCAUCAACGACAUUUGGGAUCGCAUCUCGAAGAUCUUAAUUUUAAUUGUCGACGCUGGUCUCAACUACUAUUUCCUGCGCACUGUUAAAGAGCGCCUCGUUAAACAACACGGACUUAGAAAAUACGCUCCUCUAGUCACUUUCAAUGCCAGGCUAAUGGUAGUAUCUAUCCUCAUGGAUGCUAUGCUUAUCGGACUUAUGUCACUACCGAAUCAGGAUGUUUACAUUCAAUUCCACCCUGUUACGUACAUGGUCAAAUUGAACAUUGAAAUGACAAUGGCAGACCUCAUUAUGAAACUUGCAAAAACCGAGAACUCAGACAUGAGCAUGCCAUCCACGUCCCGCCACCGAACCGAGACUCGGGAAGAAGAUGAAGAAGAAGACACGAAUGGGCAACAAAAUUACAAGAUG